AUGAGUCCGUCGCCGGGUGAACCCCCCGAUAGGACAAUACCAACAUGGAUGGAUCCACAGAACCUGCACGGACGAUUAUAUUACUUGACCCUGAAAGCUGCAGAUGGACAUAAACUUCCACAAAACCCAUUUUUGAUUGGGCGAUCCGUUGAGCAGAAAGCGGGAGGGAAAAUUGACGGCGCGUUCUUCGAGAAAAAACAUGAGUGGUAUGUGCUGAAGUGUAGAAGUAAAGACCAGGUUAAAGAAUUGGCAAAAUUAACUUGUUUGACUGAUGGCACUCCGAUCAUCAUCGGACGCCAUCCCAGUUUAAACAAACGCAAAUGUGUUGUUACUUGCCACGAAGCCCUGGAAAUGGAAGAAAGAGUGUUGUUGGAUGAGUUGUCGCCCCAAAAAGUGAUUGACGUGCGCAGAAUAACCAAAAAAACGCCCACUGGAAUAAUUGGUACAUCUACACUGAUACUAACUAUCAGUAGUACCGUCAUUCCGGAAUUCAUUCACUUUGGAUUUCUCCGAGUGCGAACUCGGCUGUACUACCCGUUGCCCCUAUUGUGUAGGAACUGUUUGAAGUACGGACACACGAAAAAGAAUUGCACCAGCCCUCUUUCAUGCAGUAAGUGUAGCUCACAAAACCAUAACAGCGAGGACUGCAAGAAUCACCCAUUCUGCGGAAAUUGUGAACAAGAAGGCCAUUCACCCAUUAACCGAGCAUGUCCAAUCUGGCUAGCCGAAACAGCAGCACUCAAAAUUAGCACCGAAAAGUACAUCCCGAUUGCAGCCGCCCGAAAACUGAUCCAGCAAACCAACAGCAAACAACCAACAUUCGCCAGCAUUGUUAAGACGACGGACGAUCACCAACCUAAAACAAAGGACAAUAGAAAAUCUCAACCAUCAGCCGAGAAACAACAGACCGAAGAAAAAAACCAACAGCAGCAGCCAACACAACAGAAACGGACAAAUUCACAAACAGCAAAUCUCAAACCAGCCUCACCUCCUCGGAAACGAAUUACCCCGCAACCCUCACCAUCUCAAUCGUCGGAUGAGGCAGACGAUCGUAGUAAUACAAAAGGAUCCCCCAGUACCCGAUCAAGGGAACAGUUGUUAUUAAAAACUCCAAUUCCUUCCCAACGCCCCCUUCCUUCUCCUUACCCCUUCCAACCUCCCCCUAGUCUUAAGAAAACCCCUGACCCUCGGCCCGCUAAAACUUUGAUUAAAAAGUAA